UAAGUGGCCAAUUAAUUAAGGGUUAAAUAGCAGGUGACAGUACCGCGUCACAAUUGUUAGGCAGCAGAAAACAAUGGGUGUGGGACGGAAGGACCAUCCCCCAGUCUGCUUGGUUGCGGCUGUUUUUCUAAUGUGUUGUAUGGUGCCGCUUGCGGACUGCCUUCGACUGAGGAAAUCUCAGAGACCAGUGGUGAAGAGAGAGGAUGUCCAUUCUCCCACAGCUAUUGUCCAAGAAGAAAAAAUUGUGCUUGGGAAAGUUUUUGAGAGCUCGGAUAUCGACAAAAAGUCGUCAUUUAAUGAAUUAUCGGAUGACGAAUCUGAUUAUCAGGCAGACUUCGCAGGCUGGUCCCAGGAGACGGAUGUGGAUGAAGCCUCCAAGGAGUUAUGGGAGCACUUGGGGGCAUAUUUGCAUUGUUUUGAUGACCACAUGAAGUUUAGGUCACUUGGAACAGAGGCUUCACAACUUUCAGUUGUGCAAGCAAAUGAACCCCCAAUACCUCUCUCCAUGGUUCCUCCAAGAUGUGGCUACAGGAUAUAUGGAACCUCAAUAACAUUCAUUCUGAUUGUUCCAUUUAAAGGUUGCAACAUUAUUCAGCAGGGUGGAAAUCACAUACUACCUCUACUCUGGCAAGGCCAUCCACUGUCCCUGUUGUGUCCCGAACAUACAGGACCCGUGGUUCCUCCCGUGGGGCCCGUGGUUCCUCCCGUGGGGCCCGUGGUUCCUCCCGUGGGGCCCGUGGUUCCUCCCGUGGGGCCCGUGGUUCCUCCCGUGGGGCCCGUGGUUCCUCCCGUGGGGCCCGUGGUUCCUCCCGUGGGGCCCGUGGUUCCUCCCGUGGGGCCCGUGGUUCCUCCCGUGGGGCCCGUGGUUCCUCCCGUGGGGCCCGUGGUUCCUCCCGUGGGGCCCGUGGUUCCGCCCGUGGGGCCCUUUGACUUCUAUUAUCUUCAAGCAGCAGAUGAUCUUGUUCAAGGCUUCCCCUUCUACCCAUUCCUUCAUCCACCUCCAAUAGCUCCUCCUCCAACUGAAGAGCCGAAAGUUCUUUAUCCCCAACUUCCUUAUAAUCCAGAGGUCCUUUGGCCAUACUGGCCUCAUCUUCCAGAAUUUCCUCCCAUCUUUCCUUGUCCUCAAGGGAAAUGUCCUGGACAAAAGGCUCCCUGCAUAAUACAAGAUCCUGCCACUACCCAGACUCCUCCUGACACUCCUGCAAACUGGUAUCCCAUCAUCUGCCUACCUCUUCUUCCAAAUGAGCAACACUUUGAAGACAUGUUUUAUCAAGGUUAGCUUUGAAAAGUUGAAAUAAACAUUUAAAAUAAAAGGGACUCAUGUCUUUGGUUGCAGAUUCUA